AUGGAAAAUACCGAAGCAACGAGUGCUCCCCAAACCGAAAGCCCGCAGGUGACUGUUGUAAGCCAGGAGGAAGUGAAUGCUCCUGAAGUGGCUGUUCCUGCGCAGACGAACACUUCUGAGCCAAUUGAAGUGGCUGCUCCUGCUCCGACGAACACUUCUGAGCCAGAAACGAGUAACACUGCGGAGUCUGGAAAGGAAGAAGCUUCGGAGGAAUCUAAGGAGAAAUGGUAUGAUGUGGGGAAGUUUGUAAUGACUCCCUGUGGUCUUGGACUCAUUACUUCGCCUGUUGAUGAUAAUAGCGUAAUGGUUAUCAUGCUGACGGAGGGAAGUGAAACGAAGAAGAGCAUGAUGGUUAAUGGCAACUUUAGUAUUGAUUCUCUCGAGAAGGCUGAAGUGGAUGAAACUUCUAGCGUUGCUGCUCUUUUGAAGUGUAUUUGGUGUAAUAGUUUGGGUCAAGAGCUCUUUGCUCAGCAUCAUCAAAGCCAGGCAAUGGCUGUUUUCAACCAGGCUAUCAAGUUUGCUUUGGACGGUAAGACGGAGGGCUACGAGGAAAUCAUCUCCGAAAUGAUUGUAUCUUCGUACUUUUACAUGUACCUCUCUUCUGUGAUGUUAAAGGACGAGAAGACUUGCUCCCAAAUCGCCCAGUUUAUGUACGAGUUGCAUCCAACUCACGAGAUGACCAUCUUCUGCUUGGCUCAGCAGCUAAUCCAGCAGCAGCAGCUGAGCAGUGCCGCGCAGGUCAUUCAGUCGGGUUUGGCGAGCAAUCCGGAGAGCGAGCUGCUUCACGGUCUGCUCCAGAACGUGCUGGACACGCAGCUCCGUACCUUCCGCGUGGCUGAGUCAUCUGUAGAGGCGACCAAAUCGCAGGCUGCUUCGACCGCUUCGACCGCUUCGACCGCUUCUUCCUCUCUGGGAGGCAUGGGGCAGCUGGGCAAAGCCGGCUCUGCGGGACUGGGAAUGGCCUCUACGCCUGCGGCUGCGGCCGAGGCUGCGGCUGCGGCUCCGAAGCCUUCUGCUAGCGCUGCUCCGAAGCCUUCUUCUGGCGCGGGAAUGGGAAUGCCUGGACUGGGAGGACUGGGAGGAAUGGGAGGAAUUCCCGGAAUGGGGGCCGAGAGCCAGGAAGAGGAGGAGGAUGACGGCGAUGUCUCCAAUGCCAUCUUCUGGACUGUGAUGAUUGGAGCGGGGGCUGUGGCUGCGAUGCUUCUGAGAAAGUGGCGUCAUUAA